CAGGAGGAGAGUGUUUGGGAAACCAGCAACACGCUGCUGUUGUUUUCUCCAAACCCCCCCCCAGACAAGGUGGACCAAAGUGUUGGGAGCUGCUUUUUUCCUCGGCCAACACUCCUCCUCCCUCCCGUUGACUUCGCGUCUCUCUGUUGCUGCCUGUCUGCAGACUUCUCCCAUUCACUCGCUCCUCCCUGCUUCAGCUGGAUGACUGAGUGCGCUGACACUGGGACCACUACCUGCUGCCUGGGGAUUAAGCAUGUUAUGAAUACGGGGAGCCUAAUUUGUUGUUUUGGCUGCAAGUGAAUGUUGGAUCUGAAUGUUGGAAGAGAAGCUGCAGCGUAAAUCCUUCUGCCCAGAACACCAGGAGCGCCUCUGGACUAAAACACCCCAGUGAGGAAAGGAAGUGGCUGACUGGAGAAGCAUAUAAAACAGAGGCAAGAACCCAGACAAGUGAAGAAAAUACAGGACUUUUCUGGAAGGAAAAAAAGGGGAUACUAAAUUAAUCUAAGGCUUACAAGGACCAGGAGGCAAUGAGAGCCCUUUGCUCUCAUUACUUGGUUGGGAUUCUCUGUCAGGGUGCUGACACGAAGAAAGAAAGCCCAACAAAUCUCUGCCUCAAGCUUCUUGGUUGAUUUCUGAUCACAUACAAGCUGUUCUCCUUUUCCUUUCGUGAGUUUAAUCUCUUCGAGCGUCUCUGUGUUUUGCUGCUUAUUCGCGGCUGCUUGGGAGAGAGUAGCGGCUCUGUGCUGACAGGUCGAGUGGGGAUUGUGAGCGUUCUCUUCUCCAACUUUUCUCCCUUUCUCCACCACUACUUCUGACCUGCUUUCGGUCCCAGCGCACUGACAGGGUGGGAGGCUCGGUACCCCCUCGAUGAGGUUGGCUGGAGAUAAAGGUUAUUGAACCAAGGAGGAGUGGCAGGCACACAGUAGACAAGGGGAGGAUAAGCAAACUGCGCUUAUGAUCCGGGGGGAGCAUAUGGUUUAAUACGAAGGAGCCAGCAGCUUUCCAGCCAUCCUGCUUAUCAUGCUACGGCAGACACAAGUUGCUCCAGUCACGGUGUCAGGUUUGGAUGGAUCUUAUGUGCCUUGGUCAUAUAUCUCAUCACUGUGACAGAAUCUAAAGGAGCUAGUGGAGUGGAUACAAAGAGUCAGUUGGGGAAAUGAAUGCACAGCAGAUCAGCUAACCUUGUUGCCCCAUCAGGCAACAUCCACAAAGCAGCUAAAAAGAUGCUCGGCUGUCACCGCUUUGGAAAAUACUUGUAACACAUUGUUGCUUAGUUUUUGACAACAAAAAGAGGGGGAGUGCUGAAGGAGCUGGCAUCCCCUUACCCCCACUGUGUCCGUCUAAUUACCCAUCAGGGUCACUGGGAAAAAAGUGGAGAAUUCCUUUUGUGGAUUUAUUGUCAGCUCACUGUGGAAGUUAUCUUGCUGGAUAUGUGACAGUCUGAAACAAUUACAUCAUUAUUCAUGCAUUACUUGCUUUUGUGCCUUGCACACAUGUAUAUAUCAAAAGCGCACUAGCACACAUUUACAAAUGCAUCAUAACCUCUCACUUAAAUCUGCACACAUGUUCCCACUGAAAGGAUAAAGCACUUCACACACAUACUCACACAUUGAAAGUCCAUUAGUUUGUCUUUUUCCCAGUGGACGCAGCAGAAUGGAAGUAGCGUGGACAGGUGGGGGGCUGUAGGAGUCCAACAUCUCUGUCCCCAUGUCAGUUCUAUUCCCCCAAAUGGAUAUUAUUAUCUCAAAAAAUGUGUUGCCUGGAAACCACUGAAAGCUUUCUGCUGCGAUUUUCUGACAGAAACAGUCGCCAGGUCCCUGCCACAGUUCACAGCUGGAACCGCAGCUGAAACACUGACCAUCUCUCUUGCUCUUUAGUUUUUCUUCAUUUUCAUCUUCAUCUUCUGUCCCUACUCUGCCGCCAUCAUUUUUUCCAACGGGUCUCUGGGUACCCCUCGUCGCCCUCCUCGUCCCGUCAUCUCCUCCGGCCUGGAGGGGAGGGGGUCAUUGGAGUGGAGCAUGAGUGGGUGCCACUAUCCCUCGCCGCCGCCACAGGAGCGGGAACGAAGAUACCAGCACAAAGUGUCUCUGGUGGUGCGCUACUUUAUGAUUCCCUGCAACAUCUGCCUGAUCCUGUUGGCCACCUCUACACUGGGCUUUGCUGUGCUCCUAUUCCUCAACAACUACAAACCUCCUCACUUCACACCGGCCCAGCCUCCUGAUGGCUGUAGAGGAAUGCUGUGUGGCUUCGGUGCCGUAUGUGAACGCAACCCGACUGACCCCUCUAAGGCCGAGUGUGUUUGUAAGAGGGUGGAUUGUCCAUCCUUGGUGGCGCCUGUUUGUGGCUCAGAUUCAUCCACCUACACCAACGAGUGUGAGUUGGAGAAAGCCCAGUGUAACACACAGAGACGCAUCAAGGUUCUACGCAAGGGACCCUGCUCACUCAAAGACCCCUGCACAGAUGUGGCCUGUAGCUACGGCAGCACCUGUGUCCAGUCCUCAGAUGGCCUGUCGGCUAAAUGCAUGUGCCCCCUCGGCUGUGAAGGUAAACCAGAGAAGACGGUGUGUGGUAGUGAUGGGAAGGAUUACCGGAACGAGUGUGAGCUGCAUCAGUAUGCCUGCAAGAACCAGAUUAACAUUCGAGUGCAAUAUGAAGGCCAUUGUGACCCAUGCAAAGACAAAGAAAACAGCCUGGACGCAAUGUGCCAUGUCGAGGCUCUUACUCGCCAGCCACUGUUCUUUGUACUGCCUGAGUCGUGUCGUCCGGACAACGAACCGCUGUGCGCCAGCGAUGGUGAGACCUACAACAGUGAGUGCGCCAUGACAUCGACGGGUUUGCAGAGAGGCGUCAAGCUCAACAAGAUCCACACAGGACGAUGCAGGAGGCUGGAGGAGUGUAAAGAGGAGUGCCUCUUCAACGCUGUGUGCCUGGUGGAGCAGCACAACGCCCGCUGCUCAUGUGACCCCAUCGAGUGCGACGGCACCUAUCAGCCCGUCUGCGGCAAAGAUGGCAAGACAUACACCAAUGACUGUUUGCUACGCAAGACUGAGUGUCUGGGCAAGACCCUCAUCCCCAUCAAACACCAAGGGCCCUGUGAUCUCAACAUACCGAGCCCCUGCUUAGACAAAGUAUGCGAUUAUGGGGCAAUGUGCGUGGUCAAGAACAAUGAGCCGGUGUGCGAAUGCCCUGAGGCCUGCCUGCAAACGUCAGACCCCGUGUGUGGAUCUGACGGCCAAAGCUAUGGCAGCCCCUGUGAGAUGCGAGCAAUGGGCUGCGCUUUGCAGAAGACCAUCCACAUCCAGCACAAAGGACACUGUGAUGAGGCUUGUGCCAACUGCUCUUUCGGGGCGAUCUGCGACGCUCAGAGCGGUCAAUGUGUUUGCCCAUCGGAGUGUGUGGAAUCCCAUCAGCCCGUGUGCGGCAGCGAUGGCAGCACAUACAACAGCGAGUGUGAACUGCAUGUCCGGGCCUGUAAAGAACAGAUGGACCUGCGAGUGGUCAACCAGGGAGAGUGUAAAACAUGUGGCAGCUCUGUUUGUGCCUGGGGCGCCCGAUGCGUCCAGAAUAAGUGUGAGUGCCCACAGUGCACGGGCGAGGCCUUAUCCCCGGUGUGCGGAAGCGACGGCACCACCUAUGACAACGAGUGUGAACUCCGCGGGUCCUCCUGCAUGCAGAAGAGGAGAAUUGAUGUGGUGAAGCCCGGCAGCUGUGAUGAAGACUGUGGCUCAGGAGGCUCUGGCUCUGGAGUGGAGAGUUGUGAACAGGACCGCUGUCGCACGUUCGGAGGCUCAUGGGAUGAGGAUGCAGAGGAAGACCGCUGCAUCUGUGACUUCUCCUGCCAGAAUGUGCCUCACAAUCUGGUUUGUGGUUCAGAUGGGAAAAGCUACGGCAAUGAGUGUGAGCUGAAGAAGGCCAGAUGUGAGAAACAAGAGCACUUACUGAUUCAGAAUCAGGGACCCUGUGCAGCGAUUUCAGCCACGUCUCCACCUGAGCUGACAGCCCCCCAGCACUGCAGUCUCUCCGUGUACGGCUGCUGCUCCGACAACGUGACGGCUGCCCUGGGAGUCGGUCUGGCCGGAUGUCCCAGCACAUGUCAGUGUAAUGCCUAUGGGUCCUACAAGGGGACAUGUGAUCCAGCCACCGGUCAGUGCUCCUGCAAACCCGGUGUUGGUGGACAGAAAUGUGACCGCUGCGAGCCGGGCUUCUGGAACUUCCGGGGCAUUGUGACAGAGAACAUGAGCGGCUGCACACCUUGUAACUGCGACCCGACCGGUUCGGUGCGUGACGACUGUGAGCAGAUGUCGGGUCUGUGCUCCUGCAAGACUGGAAUGAAGGGCAUGAAGUGCAACGUGUGUCCAGAUGGAAGCAAGAUGGGCCUGAGCGGCUGUGACAAUGGUCCAGAGGCUCCAACUUCAUGUGAUGACUUGGAAUGCAAUUUUGGAGCGACUUGUGUAAUGGUGAAUGGCCAAGCCAACUGCGAGUGCCCAUCACCGGACUGUGACGAGAAAAACAAAACCAAGGUGUGUGGCUCCGAUGGGGUGACCUACGCCGACCAGUGCCAGCUGAGGACCAUCGCCUGCAGGCAGGACAAGGACAUCACAGUGCAACACUUUGGACAGUGCACAGAAACCAUCUCCGAGCCGGCAGACCGACCCACCCCCAAUCCCUUUGCCACCACCGCCGCCGCCUCCAUCACCACCAUCGCCCUCUUGCCCCCUGAUAUGGUGCUGGCCAUCCCGUCUCCGAGGACGAUAGAGAGCACUGAGCAGCCCCCAGCCACCACUCCCUCUCCCACCCACACCCACAACAGACAAAACCACCGCCACACCACCCACACCCAGCUUCAGCCCACCACUACUGCUGCUGCCACCAUCACCUCAUCUCACAGCAGCAGCCCCCCGCCCUCCGCCGCAGCAACCUCCUUCGACGGCUCAGGCAGUGGGGAGCCGAGCGGGGACGACCUAACCGAGGAAGAGGAGGAGCAGGAGGAAGAAGCAGGUAGCGGUGUCCCGACGGAGGCCAGUGGGGGAGAGGAGCCCAUUGGUCCCACGGUGGCAAGCACCACCAUACCCACUGCUGAGGAUAGGUCAUCCUGCGACAACACCGAGUUCGGCUGUUGCCCUGAUGGAAAGACACCAUCCAGCACUCCAGAGGGCGCCAACUGCCCCUCCACCAUGAAGUUUAGCGGUUCCCUGCACUUGGACCAAGUGGAGGGCCAGGAGAUUUUCUACACCCCAGAGAUGGAUGACCCGAAGUCUGAGCUGUUUGGAGAGACAGCCCGCAGCAUAGAGGGCGCUCUCAAUGAGUUGUUCAGGAAGUCAGACGUGCGCAAAGACUUCAUGAGCGUCCGUGUCCGCAACCUGGCGCCGAGUAACUCUAUCCUGGCAUUUGUGGAGGCGCACUUCAAGCCAGAUACAAGACACACGGUGGAAGGGAUUGAACGAGCCCUGCUGAAACAGCUGAAGGCCUCCAGAGAUACCAGCAUCUCUGUGAAGAAGCCGGAGGACGAGAAUAUUCGCUUCACCAAUUAUGGCCUCUCCUCCAUCCCUUUCUUCACCACCACUACUACCACCACAGCAUCAGUUACCACACCUGCCCCAACCACAACCACCACCAGGCUUCCCUUAACUUCACCCUACAUCACUCGCCGCCCACCAGGAACCACCCGUCGGCCCUUUACAGGCAGACGCACUACCACAGCCUCUGCGCCGAUCACCACCCCGAUGCCGCCUACGACAGCGGCUGCCACCACCACCACCCCUCUUCCGGUCACCACCGUCGGUAGAGGAAGACCUCACCACAAGACGCACAAACCCUGCGACUCCCACCCCUGUCUCCACGGGGGGACCUGUGAGGACGACGGCAACGACUUCAGCUGCAAGUGUCCCGCCGGCCGAGGAGGCUCUGUGUGUGAGAAGGUGAUCAAGUACUUCAUCCCAUCAUUUGGAGGACAGUCCUACUUGGCCUUCCAGACCAUGAGCGCGUACCACACGGUCCGCAUCGCCAUGGAGUUCAGAGCAUCUGAGAUGACAGGUAUCCUGCUUUACAACGGCCAGGAUGGCAAGAAGGACUUCAUCUCUUUGGCUCUGGUCAACGGCAAGGUGGAGCUCAGGUUCAACACAGGAUCUGGCACAGGAACACUGGUGAGCAGAGUACAGGUCAGUCAGGGCCGCUGGCAUCAGCUGGUGGUGACACGCAAUCGGCGCAACGCAAUGCUCAGCGUAGACAACGAGCCACACAUUGAGGGUGAGAGCCCACGUGGCACAGACGGCCUCAACCUUGACACCCACCUGUUCAUCGGAGGAGUGCCUGAGGAUAUGAAGCAGGAUGUAAGGGAAAGGACAGCGGUGGACACAGGUCUGGUUGGCUGCAUCCGCCUGCUGGACGUCAACAACCGGGUUCUCAACCUGCAGGAGAACGGCGGAGACAGCCUAUAUGGCAGUGGCGUUGGUGAAUGCGGCAACAAUCCCUGCCAACCAAACCCCUGCAAGAACGGAGCAGUGUGCCACGUCAAGGAGGCCGAGAUGUUUCACUGCAAGUGCAGCAAAGGAUUCUGGGGUCCAACUUGUGCUGACGUCCAUGACCCAUGUGAGCCCAGCCGAUGUCAUCCCUCCUCCCAGUGCCAGGCGCUGCCAGAGGGAGGCUAUAAAUGCGAGUGUCCCAUGGGACGUGAGGGAAGGCACUGUGAGAAAGUGGCAGAGAGGAGAGGAUCUUACAUGCCACUAUUCAACGGAGACUCGUACUUGGAGCUGAAGGGGCUCCAUCUCUACGGGCAUGAUCUGCGUCAAAAGCUCAGCAUGACAGUAGUCCUCAUGGCCAACGACUCCAACGGGUUAAUCUUCUACAAUGGCCAAAAGUCUGACGGAAAAGGUGACUUCAUCUCUCUGUCUCUCAAUGAGGGUAUCCUGGAGUUCCGCUAUGACCUGGGCAAAGGACCUGCCACUAUCCGGAGUAUGGAACCAAUCCAGUUGAAUGUCUGGACUACUGUUGAACUGGAGCGCUCCAACCGCAAAGGAGAGAUCAGGGUGAACAAGAAAGACCCUGUUCGAGGAGAAGCACCGAAAUCACGCAAGAAUCUGCACGUAGAUCUUAACCUGAAAGAGUCUCUUUAUGUUGGUGGAGCUCCUGAUUACAGCCGGCUGGCAAGAGUGGCUGCACUCACUGAAGGCUUCAAGGGAACGAUCCAAAAGAUUACUCUGAUGGGUACACCCAUCCUCAGAGAGGAGAACGCCCUGCGCUCCAGCAGCGUGGCCAUGUUCCAGAACCAUCCAUGCACCCAGGAGCCCUGCCACAACGGCGGGCGCUGCCUCCCCCAGCUCGACAGCUAUGAGUGUGUUUGCCUCAGUGGCUUCUCAGGGGGACACUGUCAGAACACUAUCUAUGAGAAGUCUGCUGGAGAGACUGAGGCAAUUGCCUUUGACGGGCGGACCUUCAUCGAGUAUCACAACGCUGUUACGAAAAGUGAGAAGGCUCUGCUGGUGAACAAGUUUGAGCUGAGCAUCCGGACAGAGGCGACUCAUGGCCUGGUGCUGUGGAGCGGGAAGGGCGUGGAGCGCUCAGACUACAUUGCUCUGGCCAUCGUGGAUGGACAUGUCCAGAUGAUGUACGACCUGGGCUCCAAACCCGUGGUGCUGCGCUCCUCAGUGCGAGUCGACACCAACCGCUGGAUACGCAUCAAGGCCAGCAGAGCACUGCGAGAUGGCUCCCUACAGGUUGGCAAUGAAGCACCGGUAACAGGGUCAUCACCUUUGGCAGCGACACAACUGGACACAGACGGAGCGCUCUGGUUGGGCGGUCUGGAGGAGCUGGCGGUGGCCCGUCGCCUGCCCAAGGCCUACAGCACCGGCUUCGUAGGCUGCAUCAAGGACGUGGUCGUGGAUGGCGUGGAGCUCCACCUGGUGGAGGACGCCUUGAACAGCCCCAAAAUACUACACUGUUCCGCUGCCAAAUAACCUGGCAAAGACAAAACAUUGAGAGAAUGGAGAAAAUAAAAACACAAAAAACAGAAACCCUCCCACCCGCUCCCUCCAUAGCGCCCAAGCCUCCUGCUGUAAUUAUUUUCUAUUUUUGUAUACUUCUCAUUGCUUUUUAUAUGGAAAGAAAAUGAAUAUGUUGUUUUAAUUUUUGUUUUAUAUAUUUUUGUUUUUUUUUCUCUGCACCUCCAUUGACACAUUUUUUCUUCCACUUUACCACCCCAGCUCUUUUCAAACAAAAAAAGCAGGUACCUCUAUGAAAUUUAAAUAUUUUAUUCUUGUCAGUUUGGAAAAGAAAGCCUGCUUUCUCUUUUAGUUUUUGUUUUUGCUCAUUACUUGAACAUUGGUGGACCCUGCUGAUAAUCCCUGGUUACUGCCUUGUCUUGGUGCCAUAUCAACCGUCCACAUUUUCCCCAAUUCCCCCCC